UUGUUACAGAAUUCUGAGAUCUCCGAUCCCGUGUACAUUCGUGACGAGAGUGUUGCAUCAGAUUUCAUUCCACUUCCAAGAGUCCGUUCUGAAAGCAAUCUGAAUGCUGAUUCUCGUAUUGAGGAGCACUUUAUUGGAGUCCGAAGUAGUGACGAGGCUGCCGCUGCAGUGAAGCCGGAUGAUUUUGCGCUCUACUACAAAUAUGAGGGCGGCACGAGUGUUUGCUCUACUAUCCCACUUUAUCUCGUUCACAGAAACACUAGAAAUGAGAUUUAUCACUUUCCUGUGAGACGACUGGACGGAGGAAAUGGCACGAAAUGGUGGCAUGUACAAAUUGGGAACAACAAGAUGCAAUCGGUAAGGCUUCUAUACUAA